CUGGGCGCCGUUUCCAGUAGAGAGAUGGCGGCCGCCGCAGGUAGAUCGCUCCUGCUGCUGCUGUGCGCGCGGGGCGGCGGCGGGGCGGCCGGCGGCUGCGGGGCGCUCGGCGCCGGCUGCUUCCCCGGGCUGGGCGUCGGCCGCCGCCGGCAGCAGCAGCACCACCGGACGGUGCACCAGAGGCUCUCUUCUUGGCAGAGUUUGAGGGUUGUUUAUUGCAGUACUGUUGUGCCCUCUGAUGAUGUGACAGUGGUGUAUCAGAAUGGGUUACCUGUGAUAUCUGUGAGGCUGCCAUCUCGGCGUGAACGCUGCCAGUUCACUCUCAAACCUAUCUCAGACUCCGUUGGUGUGUUUUUACGACAACUGCAAGAAGAGGAUCGGGGAAUUGACAGAGUCGCUAUCUACUCACCAGAUGGCGUUCGAGUUGCUUCCUCGACAGGCAUAGAUCUUCUCCUCCUUGAUGACUUCAAGCUGGUCAUUAAUGACUUUACAUAUCACGUACGACCACCAAAGAGAGAACUCUUAAGCCAUGAAAAUGCAACAACUCUGAAUGACGUGAAGACGCUGGUGCAGCAGUUAUACACCACACUGUGCAUUGAGCAGCACCAGUUAAACAAGGAGAGGGAGCUCAUCGAGAGACUCGAGCACCUCAAAGAGCAGCUGGCACCCCUGGAAAAGGUACGAAUUGAGAUUAGCAGGAAAGCAGAGAAGAGGACCACUUUGGUACUAUGGGGUGGACUCGCCUACAUGGCCACACAGUUCGGCAUUUUAGCCCGCCUGACCUGGUGGGAAUAUUCCUGGGACAUCAUGGAACCAGUCACCUACUUCAUCACUUACGGAAGUGCCAUGGCAAUGUACGCUUAUUUUGUAAUGACACGCCAGGAAUAUGUUUAUCCAGAAGCCAGAGACAGACAAUACUUAUUAUUUUUCCAUAAAGGAGCCAAAAAGUCACGUUUUGACCUAGAGAAAUACAAUCAACUCAAGGAUGCAAUUGCUCAGGCAGAAAUGGACCUUAAGAGACUGAGAGAUCCAUUACAAGUACAUCUGCCCCUCCGUCAGAUCGGUGACAAGGAUUGAUCUCUGCGCGGAGCCUCUGCACCCCAGCGGGAAGAAUGCCUGUCGCUAACGAUUGCCAUAGUGGGGUAGAGGGGUCUUAACCUUUAAUUAGAAAAUACAAAUAAAAGGGAUCUUAGGGAAGAAGGAAAUGGCGAAAUCUAAGGAUCAGGCUUUGUGGACUAAAAGCUUCAAGGGCUUAGUGAACAUUGUCUUAAUCAAGCAUCUCAGUUUCCGAAUGAAAAAUGAUUCAAUUAUAUAGCUGAGAGAUUCAAAAAAUGAAAACGAUGCCGGGGGCGGAGGUGGGGGGUGUUCAUUUCUUGCAUCUUCUUUGCAGGGUCAGCAAAACAGUAACACACCAGCACCCCACUCUGCUCUACUUUUUUUUUUAUUUAUUUAACUUUUCUUAUUUUUGACAUAGAGUAAUUGAAUAUAUCAGAAAAGCAAAUCCUGAAGAUAAGUGGGUGGCAGAUUCUGGGUCCAGCAGCACUUAUUUUCUAUUAGACCUAGGCCCUGCAGAGUUUGCAGGAGUCUCUCCUGCCUGUGCCCAUCGCUGACCACCUCUGUGGGUGACAUUGAUUUUAGCCAUCUGAUAAUUGGAGCCAACUUCUGACUGUUUGAUAACUGAUACUUUAGAUUAUCCCUUCAUACUUUUUAAAAUAUCUGUGUGUUCCAGUGCUCUGGAUCAGUAUCUAGAAAUCAUUGGCAAGACUGCAUGAGGUUUUCUGUUUUGUUUUGUUUUGACGAAUUAAUCUUUGAAAGGAGGAAGGACUUCUCUCCUUUAUUUAUCUGUCCAUCCCCCUGAGGAUCCCCCCUUCUUCCACAACUCAAAUGGGGGAGGGCGUGUUCAGCUGAGUUACCAAAUCAGGAAGAGAGAAGGUUUACAAAAUGGCUAAAAAUUAUGGCUCUGUAGCCGUUUCAGAACCUGCAUCAUUUCCUUGCUGUUAAUCCGCUCGCUCAUCCAAGAUACGCUCCCAGCGCUGCCAAUCAAGUGCGUGGCUCCAGGGCUCCGGGCCUGGCCUCGCUCGUGGCUGCCGCUCCUUUGACCAGUGCUCAUCACUCUCUUCUUUCUUGUCUUAAACGAAAGCACUAAUCUUAUAUUCUGUCAACAUGUUUUAUUAUUAUUGUCAUCAUACUUCCAGAUGCCAUCGGCACUUAAAGAGUCAAAGGAGUCUCUGUCUAAUAUCCUGUUUUGAAGGACUCCGGGGACAGGAUGCCAAAGGACAGCAGGGGCUCGCCACACCGCUGAUUGGCUUCUUUCACACGAUUCCCCCCUCCCCUCCUGUGGCAAGGCUUCUUUCUCUUCGCCCCCCACCCCCUUUGGGAUCAUUGUGUAUGAAAAGAAAAACUUAAACCCAGACUCCAGGUGCCUUGCAGGGGUUGAAGGCCGGCCAGGAUCGCAAUGCUGCUGCUCCCCCGCCCGCCCGCCCACCCGCCCGUCACUGGCAUGAUGAAAUGAGAGGUUGCAUGUCCCCCCUUCAGCCCUCGGCUGCUUCCUGCCCUCCCCCGACCCAGCCCUCCCACUUCCCCGUUUGUUCAACCCCUUCCCUCUAUAUUUUUGUUAAGUUGUGUGAAUUAUUUUUAAACCAUUUAUCCUGUUUGUGCGCCGGGUUUUUAAGAAGAAACAGCACAGUGCAAUGAGUAAAUACUUCCAGGGGGUGUGUGGGAGGCAAGGGAGAGGGAGAAAAGUCCUAUAAACAAAUAGCAAAAUAUUGAAUAUGUGUAAAAUCCUGUAUCAUUUAUGAAAUAUGUAUAAAAAAGUGUACCUUCUGGAACAAUAAAUACUUAUUCAAUUUUUGAA